CACAUCAAAUAUUUGAAUCUUCAAAUUCAUCGAUCACUUCUAAAUUUAGCUCUUUACAAAAUUUGUUAUAUUACUCAACAAAUUAACAAAAGGUUUCUUGUAAUAACACUAAAUGGCCAUCUUCAAGAUUCUUGUGUUGUUGCUAAGCUUGUCUUGUUUCUGCCAAGCACAACUUUCUUCUACUUUCUACGACCAAAGAUGUCCAAAUGCUCUCUCAACUAUCCGAUCCUCAAUCCGAACCGCCAUCAGCCGCGAACGUAGAAUGGCUGCUUCUCUCAUCCGUCUCCAUUUCCACGAUUGCUUCGUAAAUGGUUGUGAUGCAUCGGUCAUGCUUGUGGCAACUCCUACCAUGGAGAGUGAGAGAGAUGCGUUAGCAAACUUUCAAUCAGCGAGAGGAUUUGAAGUUAUUGAUCAAGCCAAAUCUGCUGUUGAGAGAGUCUGUCCUGGUGUCGUUUCUUGUGCUGAUAUCAUUGCCGUUGCCGCUAGAGACGCUUCUGAAUACGUCGGAGGUCCACGAUACGCAGUAAAGGUUGGUCGGAGAGAUUCCACCGCCGCGUUUAGAGCUAUUGCAGACAGCGGCGAUCUCCCCAACUUCACGGCAAGCCUCGACGAACUCUCUGAUCUCUUCCUUCGAAAAGGUCUCAACACUAGAGACCUCGUCGCUCUCUCAGGAGCUCACACCUUAGGGCAAGCUCAAUGCGUCACGUUCAAGCAAAGGCUUUACGACAACUCGAGCGACAUUGAUGCCGGAUUCUCUAGCACACGUAAGCGUCGCUGUCCGGUAGAAGGUGGAGAUAUGACCCUAGCACCUCUAGAUCAAGUGACACCAAAUUCGUUCGACAAUAACUAUUACAGAAACUUGAUGCAGAAGAAAGGGCUUUUGGCGACCGAUCAGGUUUUGUUCGGAACCGGGGCUUCUACAGACAAUAUUGUGUCGGAAUAUAGCAGAAACCCAGCUCGAUUCGCGUCUGAUUACGCAGCUGCAAUGAUCAAGAUGGGAGAUAUUCAGACACUCACUGGCUCAGCUGGACAAAUCCGGAGGAUCUGCACUGCUGUUAAUUAAAGAGAUAUUACUACUCUUUGUCCGAGAAAGUUUCGAGAAUUCUACAUUUAUCCAUUUGAUUGGUUCAUUGUUGUAACUGUAUGUAACUAAU